UCUUUCUUUUCAUCGAAUCAGCAACGGCAAACAUACAGACGAGUUUUUGCAAAGAUAUUGAGCUCGCCAAAACUUUUUCGUGAUGUAUUUAUUUAUCUGUUUCAGAACAUCUUACAAACAAAAUAUACCGGAAAGCAUGAGGUAAACAAAUUUUUCGGUUGCAACGACCUGAUACAGAUGCUGUAAGCCAGAGAAGUGUGCCAACAUUUAACACCCAAGCACAAGCCGUCCACCGCACCAACAACCAAACCAGCACCAAUAGCCCCCACUGCCACUACCGGAGUUGGAUUGUUGUAAUCAAAACAAAAUCAAGUUGCUUACAGCGUAUGGAGCUCAUUCACGAAUUGACCAAGCAACAGUGGUAAUCAACAGAGUAUCGCGCAGCGCUAGGCAAAUAAACCGCUAAAGCAACUCUUUACAUAGUCGUCGCGCUGGCGGUAGUCAGUACUACUAUAAUAACAACAAACACCAGAUUAGCAUAUAAAUUAGUGGCGUCAACAAGAAUAGAAAAUCAUAAAUAACAAUGGGAUUGAGAUUUCAGCAAUUGAAAAAGCUAUGGCUGCUCUACCUGUUCCUGCUAUUCUUCGCAUUUUUCAUGUUUGCACUAAGUAUCAAUCUAUAUGUGUCCAGUAUACAAGGAUUUCAGCAGGAUAAUGUCCAUCCAAAGCCUCAGCCCCACCGUCGUUCACUCUGGCAAGCAAAAAACAUAGUUGCACACUACAUUGGUAAAGGUGAUAUAUUUGCCAAUUUAACCGCAGAUGACUACAACAUAAACCUAUUCAAUCCCAUUGAAGGCGAAGGUGCUGAUGGACGGCCAGUUGUAGUGCCAGCGCGCGAUAGCUUCCGCAUGCAACGAUUUUUCAAGCUAAAUAGCUUUAAUAUACUGGCCAGUGACCGUAUACCCUUGAAUCGUACGUUAAAAGAUUACAGAAUAAAAGAGUGUCGUGACAAAAGGUAUGACCACAACGAACUACCCACAACAUCAGUGAUAAUAGUUUUUCAUAAUGAGGCCUGGUCGGUGCUCUUGCGCACAAUAACCAGCGUUAUCAACCGGUCGCCGCGUAAAAUGAUCAAAGAAAUAAUUCUUGUUGACGAUGCUAGCGAUCGCUCUUACCUGAAGAAGCAACUCGAAGCCUAUAUUAAAGUACUUACGGUGCCAACACGUUUGCUGCGCAUACAGAAACGCGGCGGCUUAGUGCCAGCGCGCUUAUUGGGCGCCGAGCAUGCUAAGGGCGACGUUUUGACCUUUUUGGAUGCGCACUGCGAGUGCACGCGCGGCUGGUUAGAGCCAUUGCUGCAGCGUGUGAAGGAGUCGCGCACCAAUGUGGUAGCGCCGGUUAUCGAUAUAAUUUCCGAUGAUAAUUUUAGUUAUACAAAAACAUUUGAAAAUCAUUGGGGUGCUUUUAAUUGGCAGCUCAGUUUUAGAUGGUACAGCACCAGACGCAACAGAGCAACGCCAAAGAGUGACCGCACUGAGCCGAUCGCGUCACCGGCCAUGGCUGGUGGACUAUUUGCAAUCGACAAGAGCUAUUUCUUUGAAAUUGGCUCAUACGACAAAGAGAUGAAGAUUUGGGGCGGCGAAAAUGUUGAGAUGUCUUUCCGCGUGUGGCAAUGUGGAGGUCGUGUCGAAAUCUGUCCCUGUUCGCACGUAGGCCAUGUUUUCCGCAGCACUACACCGUACACCUUCCCAGGCGGCAUGAGCGAAGUGUUGGGAAAUAAUUUAGCGCGCGCCGCUAUGACUUGGAUGGACGACUGGCAAUAUUUUAUACUCUUGUACACAUCCGGUCUCUCUUUGGAGACACGUGAACGGAUUGAUGUCAGCGAUCGCCUCUCCCUGCGCGAGAAACUCCAAUGCAAACCAUUUUCCUGGUAUUUAGAGAAUAUAUGGCCGGAACAUUUCUUCCCAACACCCGAUCGUUUCUUUGGCAAAAUUAUUUGGCUAGAUGGCGAGACUGAGUGUGCGCAGGCAUACACGAAACACAUGAAAAAUUUACCAGGACGUCGGUUGUCGCGCGAGUGGCCGCGAAUUUUUAAAGAAAUCGAAAGCAAUGGUGAACAAUUUAUGUCGCUAAUCGAUUUGGAUCGCGACAAGUGUUUGCUGCCGACGGAUAAGGAUUUGCCGCAUACUGCAUUGCAAACGGCUACAGUUCGCGAUUGCAAUGCGCAUCCCAAGUCUAUGGAUAUGUAUGUCGUUACACCGAAAGGACAAAUCAUGACUAAUGAUAAUGUGUGUCUGACGUACAGAGAGCCGAAGUUAGGAGUUAUACAGCAGCUUAAGAGCCGCAACUUAACUUCAAAUGUGCAAUUGACCAUGUGCUUAGAUCAUCCGCGGCAGUAUUGGAUCUACGACAUGGAUACUCAGCAUAUUUCGCACCGCGAUUCAAAACUUUGCCUCACCUUGAAAGCAACCAAAAUGCCACGCACCGAAAAGGUGGAGAAAAUCGUUGUUGCCAUUGAAUGUGAUUAUAAAGACAUCACGCAGAAGUGGGGUCUCAUACCACUGCCAUGGAGAAUUUAAAAAUGUUUUACAGAAAAUCACUCACAAAACCGCGCGAUCACAAAAGAUUAUAAAGCGCGAAUUUUUUUUACAGAAGCAAUUAGAAAUGCCAAUUAAAUUAAAAACAAUUACGAUAAAAUUAAGAUAAGCAUCAUGUUAGAAGAGAAGACGCAUCAAUUCAUGGAGACAAGCGAAAAACACGAAGUGAAUGAACACUUGCGAAGUGUACUUGUGAUAUUUUUUUGUUAUUUGAAAAUUUGUAGAAAAAAAAUCUUUAGUUCUUACGUCCAGCACUGAGACCGAAAUACCAGCCACCAAGAACCAACACCGCAAACAAAAA